CAUUUGUUUACAUUUUUUUAAAUAUAGUUCAGUCUUCACUUCAGCUGCAAUGUAAAUUAAAAUUAGUAGAAAAAGUAAAACUGUUGCACAAUACAUUUAAACUGAAAUUAAAUAAAAUGUUCCUUAGAAAGAUCUUACUAUCAUCAAGUCUUUACUACAGUCAGCGUGGCGCACAAAUUUUAAACAUUUGUAGAUUAUGUUCAAAUUACGACCACAUCAGAUUAAGAGGACCACAACACCAAAGAUAUCUCUCAUAUUUAGUACAUAAAAAGUAUUAUUCCAAGAGUUUAGACAACAAUUUGCUUAAAGAUGAAACAUCACAAAGUGAAAAAGAAUUAAAUAAUAUCAAACAAUUAUUCUCAAGCCCACGAGUAACUCUCAAUGAAUUGGCAACAAAGAUACCAGAUAAGAUGUUUGAUGUGCAAUACAAGCAAACCCAAGUGUUAAUUAAAGGCAGCAAGAAGAAAGUAGCUCAGAAUGAUUGGUCUUGCACCUAUUUAUUUUUAUGGCCAGAGAAAAUGAAAUUUGAAAGUUCAGCAGUCUCAAAGCGGCAAGCAGCAGAAAAGGCAGCAAUACAAGCUUUGCACUGGCUCUAUAUAAGUGGACGAAUUGACAAGCAAGGAAACCCAAUAUAUAAACAGGAUGUUUUGGAGCAAAUCCGGAGUACAUUGAAUACCCCAUUACAUAUAACAAUUAGUGAAAAAUCUAUAGAAAGGAUUGAUAAAAUUUGGAAUGAAUAUCAGGGUGGUAUAAAGAAUGUAUACGAGUCAACAUUGAAAGAGGCCUCUGAAAGAAGCUAUAAUUUCCCAAUUGCAGUACAAAAAGACUCUACCAUUGAUGAUGUUGAUGGCUGUGAAGGUUUGAUCGAAAACGCUGAUGAAACAAGCACACCAGAUUUUAGAACGCAGGCGCACCCGGUGUUCGGCAAGACCAUAGAGCCGCCAUCUUUGACAGCCUUGUCGCGGCGUGAGCGGAACCUUCAGGCAACGUUCGAGAGAUACGAUGAGACGCUAACACCACUACCAAUCGAUGAAUACGCAGACCAAAUUAACUCGACGAUAUCCGAGUCCCGCGUCGCAGUGAUAGUGGGCGCUGCGGGGUGUGGUAAGUCCACGCGAGUACCGGCCGCGAUACUGCGGCACUGCGGCGCUCGGAGUACGAUACUGGUGUCCGAGCCGAGGAGGGUCGCCGCUGUCGGACUGGCGCAGAGGGUGGCCGAUGAACUGGCUGAGGGUGUGGGAGAGACGGUUGGUUACCAAGUGAGACUUCACUCUCGAUGUCCUCGUCCGCCAGGGGGAGCUAUUCUGUACUGUACUUCAGGAGUGUUAUUAAGAAGACUACAGUUCAAUCCUGGACUCUCUGGUUGUAGCCACGUGUUAAUAGACGAGGCACACGAGCGUGACGUCAAUACUGACGUCACUCUGCUGCUGCUACGACGAGCGUUGUACCUCAAUCCAAACCUCAACAUUGUUGUUAUGAGCGCUACUCUCGACACACAAGUGUUUACGAAAUAUUUCAACGAUUGUCCGGUAAUUGAGGUACCGGGAAGAACAUUUCCUAUACAAGAAUCAUACAUUGAUGACUUGGAAAGUAAGUUCAAGAUAAAGUUGCCUCACGCGAAAGAAAACUGUAUGAAGAUUGAUGGAAAGCCCAUGAUCGACUGUCAAGAGGUAGCAGAGCUAAUAAAGGCUGUGGAUAGAAAUGGAACAGACGGUGCUAUACUAGUGUUUCUCCCGGGUUGGGCCGAGAUCAAGCAGACGAAGCAAACAUUGGACGAAAUUUACUCUAAGAGCAACUUGCACGUCAUACUGCCGGUUCAUUCUAGACUGUCGACGACAGAGCAAGCGAAAAUGUUCAGUAAACCAGCGCCGGGCAUUCGUAAGAUAGUUCUGUCCACAAACAUAGCGGAGACCUCGGUCACAAUACCUGAUGCUGUUCAUGUCAUAGACACCGGCGCACACAAAGAGAACACCCUCAAACAGGGCUCAGGCACAGCUAGCUUAGAGACCGUGUGGGUAUCUAAAGCUGGAGCCAAGCAGAGGUCGGGCAGAGCAGGGAGAGUCCAACCAGGGUUUUGUUAUAAAAUGUACACAAAGGAGAAAGAAGAAGGUUUCACACCGUACACCACGCCGGAGAUAUUGCGAGUUCCUUUGGAUCAGACUGUUUUGGAUUGUAAGUCUUAUGCUCCCGACGAAAAAGCCGAAAGUUUCUUGUCACAACUCCCGCAGCCGCCGAGCAAGAACGCUGUUCGUUUUGCGGUCAAUGAUCUCAUAGAUCUUGGUGCAUUGUCAAACACCGAGCGAUUGACGCGUGUCGGACGUUUGAUUACGUCAUUAAAAAUGUCGCCGCGUCUUGCCCGCGCCGUUUUGCACGCGGCGAUCAUCGGGAACAUACUGGCUGCGACCAACGUAGCGACUAUGUGCGGUGACAACGUCGAAAUAUUUCAUAACCCGGCGGAUAGAAGAGAAGAAAUUCGAAGCAUAAAACGCAAGUUCAAUGAAACAUCCGACCAUGCGGCGCUGCAUUGGAUACAGGAGGAGUACGAGAGAAAAUUGGAGGGUGAUCAGCCUGGCGACUUCAGUGAGGUGGAAUCAUGGUGUCGGAAUCUGGGCCUGAGGAAGGAAAGAUUGGCGUUUGUCAAAUCACUUUCAAACCUGCACCUGCAAAACGUCCUGGGUUGUGGUCUGCUGGAGGAAAAACCUGAUGUCGAAGAGCUGAAUCGUUAUUCCGACAUAGACGAGUUGACGUCGGCUGUACUGUUGUCCGGUUCCAAUUCGCUACUGUCGACGCGGAAAUACGUGAGGACUAAAGGAAAACUACGAACAACCGUCGAAUUAUAUACCACCGGCGGUGAGCGGGCACAUGUCGGCAGUGACAGUGUGAACCACAACGUGACCAAGAACCACCACCCCGCUCUACUGACGUACUGCGGCGGAUACCACUCGCCUGAACGUCGCGCCCUGGUUCUGUACAACACGUCGCGCCUCACCCCCCAUGCCGUCCUCCUCUUCUCCAUGGGACACGUGUACGAUACGAAAUCGAAUGAAGAAGACGCAACAGCAGACCUAUAUGUACAGCGACACAAGUUAAAGAUGGAAAUUCCGCGCAGCCAAGUCAGCCAUAUGCUUCAAAUACGAGAAAUGUUGUGGAAAACGUUAGAAUAUAACUUAGAAAGAGAUGUGAGGAGUAUUUCGUACGAUGAAUUGUCAGACACGUCUGCGUUUAAGAAGAAAUUGAUAAAAACUGUUGCAAGAAUUCUUGUUGAGGCCAAUACAGAUUAUAUAGAGAAUAAUAAAAGAGAUGCUGAUGUUCGGUAAUUAAAUAAUUUAAAUUGG